CAGGAGCAGUAGCGACGGCGGCUGCCGCCGGGGGAAGGUGGUGGGGAGCGGUGCGGCAUCGGCGGGGCGGCGCCGGGAGCGGCAUGGGGCGGCCGCGGGAGGGAGGUCAAUCAUGAGGAGCUGAGCACCCUCCUCCCAUGCCUUCUGAUUGGUUUCCUUGUAAGUGAAGCUCACUCACUCUGAGGACCAGACCUCACUGAUGACUGGGAAGCCAAGAGUACCCAGGAAAGCACUUUUACCACGGACUCUGCCUCAGGAGCACCAGGAAUUCAUCUUCUAAGGAAAAAUCUGUGCCCCUUUGUGUAGACCCCAUGUCUGCUGCAAUGGAUACAGAAUCGACAUAUUCGGGAUACUCCCACUACUCAGGUCACUCCAAAAAAGCCCACAGACAAGGGAGCCGGGACAGGCACAAAUCGCCACGGAGCAAAGAUGGGAGCCGCUCUGAGAAGUCCGUCACCAUCCAGACACCUCCUGCAGAGCCACUGCUUGGGAACGACGCCUCUCGGGCAGAGGAGGGCCAGGAUGACAACUGGGGUGAGACCACAACAGCAAUCACAGGCACCUCUGAGCACAGUAUUUCCCAGGAGGACAUUGCCCGGAUCAGUAAGGAUCUGGAGGACAGCGUUGGGUUGGACUGCAAACGUUACCUGGGCUUAACAGUGGCAGCUGUUCUCGGACUCCUUGUCUUCCUUACCCCCAUCGCCUUCAUUCUGUUACCCCAGAUCCUGUGGCGGGAUGAUCUGGAGCCGUGUGGUACUGUCUGUGAGGGACUGUUCAUCUCUGUGGCGUUUAAACUCCUCAUUCUCCUGAUUGGGACCUGGGCUCUGUUUUUCCGCCAGCCUAAGGCAGAUAUCCCCAGGGUGUUUGUGUUUCGGGCCCUUCUGUUGGUCCUCAUCUUCCUUUUUGUGUUUUCCUACUGGCUCUUUUACGGCGUUCGCAUCUUGGACUCGAAAGACACCAACUACCAGGGCAUAGUGCAGUACGCCGUGUCGCUGGUGGAUGCUCUGCUCUUCAUUCAUUACCUGGCCAUUGUGCUGCUGGAGCUACGGCAGCUGCAGCCCAUGUUCGCUGUCAAGGUGGUCCGGUCAACGGAUGGGGAGUCACGAUACUACAGCUUGGGGCACUUGAGCAUCCAGCGAGCUGCACUGGUGGUCCUGGAAAACUACUACAGAGAUUUCACAGUCUACAACCCGGCCUUACUAACAGCCUCCAAAUCCCGUGCAGCCAAGCACAUGGCUGGCCUGAAAGUCUACAAUGUUGAUGGCCCAGGGAACAAUGCAUCGGGGCAGUCCCGUGCCAUGAUCGCGGCUGCGGCUCGUCGCAGGGACUCCAGUCACAACGAGCUCUACUACGAAGAGGCUGACCAUGAGCGGCGAGUGAGAAAGCGCCGUGCAAGGCUCGUGGUUGCAGUAGAGGAGGCUUUCACUCACAUCAAACGCCUCCAGGCAGAGGAACAGCAGAAAGCUCCAGGAGAGAUGAUGGACCCCCGAGAAGCAGCCCAGGCAAUCUUCCCCUCCAUGGCAAGAGCUCUGCAGAAGUACCUUCGCACCACCCGCCAGCAACAGUACCACAGCAUGGAGAGCAUCUUGCAACACUUGUCCUUCUGCAUCACCAAUAACAUGACACCAAAGGCAUUCCUGGAGCGUUACCUCAGCCCGGGCCCAACCCUCCAGUACGACAGGGAUCGCUGGUUCUCCAAGCACUGGACGCUCGUCAGCGAGGAAGCGGUCACGAGCGGGUUACAGGACGGCAGCGUCUUUGUGCUCAAGUGCUUGGACUUCAGCCUUGUUGUUAAUGUGAAAAAAAUCCCCUUCAUCAAACUCUCCGAGGAGUUCAUAGACCCCAAAUCUCAUAAAUUCGUCCUCCGCUUACAGUCUGAGACUUCAGUCUAAGGGAUUCUGAGGGGGGGUUCCUCGGGGAUUGGAUUUUUGUCUUUCAAUAUCGUGCUUUUUGGGUUUAAGUUCCCCAAUGCUGACUGAAACUGGCAGAUGAUGGACCAGUAAUAUUUGACCAUCUGCACUUUAUUUGGAAAGGGGAGGGAGGGGGGGGAGUUGGAAUAUCUUAUCUAGAAAGAAAUAUCUUAAGAGGCGACAGGGUGACUUGGCUCGGUUAGCUCAGCCUUGGAGACAGAACAGAGUUUUCCCCUUUUUCCCCCCCUUUCCAGGCACACUGUAAGUCUCACGCUCGCUCUUUCUCCUCACGAUUGCAACAUGGGUUAUUUUUGUUGGAGCGCUGCCUUUAUGCCAUACACACGCCUGUGCUUUUGCUUCUCUGCUUUUCCUACCCGUAGCUGUUUCUGAAGAGUAUAUUGCUCACCUCUGCUGUAGAAACCUGCUUGCACGGGGAUGUAGCAGUCCCUGUUCGCUUGGGAAGGAGGAGGUAUCAAAGGGAGGGUGUGAGGGGGCUGCUUCUGGGAGCCACCUCAUCUGAAGACUGAAGACUUCUUUUCCCUCUCUCCAUAUACCCUCUUCUAUCAGAGCUGGACCUACAUGAGCACAGUGGGAUGGUUUUGCCUUCUGUGUCUCUGAAGUUGCUUGUCUUGAACUGGAACAGCCCAUUUGCAGCUCUUCAGAUUGAUUUUGCUUUAUGAUUUUAUCCCAGUGCUUGUUAGUGAAACUGUUCUGUUUGACAGAGCUCCCUGUUAUCUCUCACCUGCUUCCUCUCUCCUGUUUGCCUGCAUCUCUGUUGGGCACUCCCAAGGCUCCCUGUUUCUGUCUUCUCUGUCUGGCUUUCCCAGUGUGUUUCUCCAGCCGCAGUCCCCUCGGGCACUGCCUUACUGCCACUUCCUUUUGCACCUGCAAGGGCUGCUUAUUUGCACUGGGACAGGGGAGGUGAAUAGCUGGCCCCUCCUCAGAUAAAUCACAGACCCUCCCUGUGCCUGACAGCCUCUUUGAUGGGAAGGGGGUGCAGGCAGGAAUGUGCCCCUCCCUCUCUACCCAGCUUCAAGUAUGUCUGGAGGAGAGGAGCCAGGGAAAGGGCUGACCUCUGCCACGUGCACUUGCUUUGGAGAACUGCUCUAUGUCCUUCCCCACCAUACGCCUUCAGCUCUAGCUAAGAAAUACCAAACACUGUCUGAAUGUUGAAUACCUACCUGCCUCCUGCCUUUCUUGGCCUUUCUGUACUGGGGAGCUUCUGCUCAGUGCUGGGAUCUGCUCCUGAGGUGUGCAGUUGUGUUUUGCUUUUGUCCAUCAGAGCGGCUUUGGCGUCACCUGGGUUUUGUGGGGUUUUGGGAGGUUUGCUUUUUAUGAUGCAGCCUAAAGCAGUGUCUGAUUGCUGGCACAGGGCACGGUGUGACUCCAGAGCCAGCUCUGAGGCUGGCAGUGAGCUGCCUUCUGUCAGGUCCCAGCUCUGUGGCGGUGCAUUUAUGUGUGAAUGCAAAAAUGAUUCAUUUUGCCCAGUCUUUUGCCGUGCAAAUGUCUGUUAUCAGGACAGGAUCUGACCUGCCCUCCAUAUGGAUGUCUUAACACAGAGGGCCCACUUCUACCUAAGCCAGUGCCUUUUGUUGCCGGGGUGAGUGAUCUUCUGAGAUGGGCUGUGGCAGCUCUCCUGUUCCCUUUGGCCUUCCCUGG